AUGUCCUUAAACUCGCAAAACAAAGGCACCGGCAUCUUCCGUCGGAAAGAUCCGUCCAUUGCUCCUGGCAAUGGUUUCGACCACAAUAAAAAACGCAAUAACGAGUCGAACCUCCCCGCUCCUGGCGGUUUCCACGAUGCUCCUGUCAUCAUCCCCAGCUACAAUAAAAAACGCAACAACUGGCCGGGCUCCUCGGCUGCUCCUGGCGCCUCCUCCCCUGCCCCUGGCAACCGUAUGUCCACUACUGUCCUUGGCGGCUUUGGCGCUCCUGGCAUCGAUCCCGACUACAAUAAAAAACGGAGUACCUGGUUGGGUAAUCGGAAUGGAAACACGGGCUAUGAUGAAAAGCGCAAUAACGGGCCCAACAACGGUGUUCAAUCGGGGAAUAUUCAUGACAAUCACCCUCUCCGUGGCAACAAUAACUGUCAAGUAUCUAUUUCUGCUUAUGGUCCCAGCAUGCAAAUCACUGGUGCUAACGUCGUUCAGCGCAACAACGGUCCUCACCGUGGCAAUCGAACCCAAAAUCAACAAUGGAAUAAUCAACGGGCAAAUCAAAGCCGUCAACGCGGGGCUACUCAGGAUCAAGAUGUCGAUAUGGAUCGUGCUGUGAACAACAAUCAAAGCCGAAACUCCAACAAAAGUCGCCACUCCAAUCAAGGCCGCAACUACAACCAAGGCCCAAGAAACUACAAUCAGGCUCCACGGAACUUUCUCCAAGUUAACAACUAUCAUCACCUGAAUCAAAACUACAACCGAGGCAAUUAUCAACGGGGCAAUCGUCAAAACUACAACAACGCCGUAAGUAGCAAUCCCCGCCGUAAUAAAAACGAUGAAGCCAUGUUCGACUCCAGAGAUGCCUCGAAAGAUGACUCCUCCGGUGACUCAUCUGGAGAUGAAAGCAUGCCUGAUGCACCUGAGCCCGGAUCUAGAGGCAAACAGAAACACAUAGCUAACAAACCCAACCAGCCCAAGAAGUUCCAACGCGCAUUCCGGGACAUCGGUCUCGACAUUGACAUGCCCGAUGCACCAUCUGAUGAACCAGUAAGCAUGAAACCCCAAGCCAAUAUCUUCUUCGGUCAACCGUCGUUACAGUUUCCUGACUACCUAAAGAGUGAUAUCGAAAUGGUCGACGCACCACCCUUCAUCAUUUACGACCCCAGAACCAAAGCUUUCACUCAAGGUGCUCAUGCCCUCCAAAAAAUCAGGCGCACAAAUUGA